GCUCAGAGAUCCGAGCUGGGGCCCCGUGAGCAGCUCCAGGGUGGGGAGGAGAAGCCCCACAAGUGCUCCGAGUGUGGGAAGAGCUUCAAGAGCAGAUCCUGCCUGAUUGUGCACCAGAGAACCCACAGGGGAUCUGAGGGGGAAAAACCCAGCCUCGAGCAGGGUCAGAGCUCAGAGCUGGGGGUCCAUGAGCAGCUCCAGGGUGGGGAGGAGAAGCCCCACAAGUGCUCGGAAUGUGGGAAGAGCUUCACUAGGAGAUCGCACUUGACUGUCCACCAGAGGAGCCACACGGGGGAACGACCCUUUCAGUGUGGGCAAUGCCAGAAGAGGUUUCAGAGCAGCGGUGAACUUCACAAGCACCGGCGCAUCCAUACCGGGGAGAGGCCCUACGAGUGUGAUCAGUGCCGGAAGAGGUUCCGGACCAGCUCUGAUCUCCGCAUGCACCAGCGGAUCCACAGUGGGGAGAAGCCGUUCCGCUGCCCUGAUUGUGGGAAGGGCUUCAGGGACAGCUUUGCCCUCAUCUUGCACCAGACCAUCCACACUGGGAAGAAGCCCUACGAGUGUGAUCAGUGCAAGAAGAGGUUCCUGACCAGCUCCUGCUUGGUUAAACACCAGAUGAUGCACACGGGGCAGAAGCCUUUUGAGUGUGAGGUGUGCACGAAGACGUUUCAGAGCAGCACCACUCUUCGUAUUCACCAGAUCAUCCACACCGAGGAGCGGCCCUUCCGCUGUCCUGACUGCGGGAGGGGAUUCAGGCGCAAGUGCCACCUCCUCACCCACCGGCGCCUCCACACCGGCGAGAGACCCUACAAGUGUGGGGACUGCGGGAAGGGCUUCACCUCAAGCUCCCACCUGACUGUCCACCAGAGGAACCACACCGGGGAGAGGCCCUACGAGUGUGAUGAGUGCCAGAAGAGGUUCGUGAGCAGCUCUGAGCUCCUCAAGCACCAGCGCACCCACACCGAGGAGAGGCCGUUCCGCUGCCGUGAGUGUGGGAAGGGAUUCAAAAGCAACUCCGCCCUCAUCGUCCACCAGCACAUCCACACUGGGGAGAGACCCCGUGAGUGUCCGCAGUGUGGGAAGAGCUUCACCAACAGCUCCACCCUGGUUUACCACCUGAGGAGCCACACCGGGGAGAAGCCCCACGAGUGUGGGGAGUGCGGGAAGAGCUUCAUUUACAAGUCCCACCUGAUUUACCACCAGAGGAGCCACACUGGGGAACGACCCUACGAGUGUGAUCAGUGCAAGAAGAGCUUCCAGAGC